AUGGUGAAGAAACGACCCACAUCGUUCUUGAUACUGAAAGAAUUAUUGUGGAAGUGGAAAAAAAGACCAGCGCUGUAUAAUAAAGAAGUGAAAGAAUACAGCGAUAGAAAUGCGAAAGAGAAAUUAUGUACAGAAGUAUGCGCAAAUGUAAUACCAAAAUGGCAUGAACUAUCAGGUGCAGAAAGAAAAGACAGAGGGAAAGAAGUUCAAAAAAAGUGGAAGAAUCUGAAAGACUGUUUUGCGAGAGAGCUUGCUGCUCAGAAAAAAAUCAAAUCUGGUGAGCCUGCGAAAAAACGUCGUAAAUACAUCUACUUCGACGCAUUGCUAUUUUUACUUCCUCACCAACAACCCAGGACAACAAGUGGCAAUGUAGGGCCUCCAGGCGAUAAGGAAGAACUGUUAGACCAUAAUAAAGGACCCAGAAACGAUGAUGGAGAGCUUUCAAACGAUCAUGGAGGUCCCAGGAACAACAACGAGGAGACUCCACGUUCUUUACCCUCUGCAAAACCUGCACAGAGGAAACCACGCAGUCUUUCCAGCAAAUUUUCUCAUCAAAUAUCCACAUAUGAGGCUUCGUUAUUAGAGAUUUUAAAGGAAAAACAAACGGAGGAAGUUUCAGAGGAUAAAAACUUUGCUCUUAUGUUAAUUCCUAUGUUGACCAAACUAAACGACGAGCAAAAACAUUUUGCCAAAAUUGAAAUACUAAAUGUGAUGAGAAAUGCAAAAUUCUAUACACAGCCUGGGCCAUCAACACAAACUAACUUCCAUCAGUACUUCCAUCCAGGCCCACAUAAUAUGCAGCAUCAAACCUCUGUACGUUUGCCAGCAGCUUCGCCUCAAUUUUCCAAUACAACAUCUGUAAGUUUGCCAGCAAGUUCGCCUCAGUUUUCCAACCAAUCUGAUAAAAACUCUUCCCUCCAACCUACUAUUCGGAAUUUUCGAAUAAUUUUGAGUCAUCAAGAGAUUAUGAUAGCGAAUUAUAUGACUUGUAAUCAUAAUGUAUUAAUAAACUAA